AUGCCCAACAAGCAUCAGAAGUACACGAAGUUUAAGCCGUGCUGGUGUCGAAAAUCAAUCUUGCAUCCGGACAGCAAGGAGCUGGCCUGGCAGUUCAUGCCAUCCAUACGCGAGGCCAAGACCCCCAUGGACGUGCAGACGGUACUUUGCCGCGUCGAGGGCGUGCACGUGAUCCGCGGCGUCGCGAUCAGCCAGUGGAGAAAACGUAAGUACUGGGCUGCAAGUCCUGCAAAGGCUGCAAAGGUUGCCGGCGAGCGGCCCGAGUCGCCGCCGAGGCUGGACAUUGGCGCAUCCAGCUGCGACGAGGAGGGAGACGCGGAUCUCGUCUACGAGUUGUGGAAAGCAUGCGCGUCGGAUGCCAUGCCUUCACCUCUCGCAGGCGGAGAGGUCGGCGACGAUGGUGUGGGUGUUGUCGCUGGCGGCUACGAGUGCCUGCGUGGCGGUUUUGGCGGCGGCGCUGGCGCUGGCGGCUUGAGCAGCGGCGCUGUGCCUGGCGUCGUUCCUGGUGGCGAAACCGUGCUCGAUCUCGAUGUCGUUGACGGCGGCGACGACCUCGUCGGCUUGGGAGGCGAGGGCGAGGCGGAGGGAGGCGGAGGCGAGGGCGAGGCGGAGGGAGGCAGCGACGGCGGCGACGUAGACGGCGGUGGAGGCGAGGGCGACGGCAGCGGCGACGGCAGCGAGGGCGGCGGCGAGGGCGGCGGCGAGGGCGGCGGCGAGGGCGGCGAGGGCGGCGGCGAGGGCGGCGAGGGCGGCGGCGGCGGCGGCGGCGGCGGCGGCGGUGGCGGGGAGGAGAUGGCUCUGGCUCUGCUGGGCGGCGGCGUUGCGUGCGUGCUCUACGGCGGCGAGGAGGCCGAGCGCAUCCAGUUUACGGCGGCUGCUGCUGGGGCGGUAGCGUCCUCGGCGACGCAGGCGGCGCUCGGUGCGACCGCAACGGGACUCUCGCCCGAGGCGGCGGAGACAGCGGCGGGCGAUGCGGCCGAGGCAGGCGACGGCGGGGCAAGCGACGAGAGCGUGGCGGAGGGCGGCGACGACGGCGACGGAGGGGGCGGCAGCGGCGGCGGCGGCGAGGGCGACGAAGGGGUCGGCGCCGAGGACGGCUGCGGCGACGAUCCUCGUGAGGUCUGGGUCGAGGUGGUCACCGACUCGGAGGACGACUCGAUGCAGGGCAGCGAGGUGGUCGAGGGCUCGGAGGACGUCUCUAUGCCAGGAGGCGAGGUGGUCGAGGUCUCGGAGGACGACUCGAUGCAGGGCGGCGAGGGUGUCGGCGACGGCAACAGCGGCGCUAACGAGUCUGUGAACUGGUGGUCCGUGUCGACCUCCGAGUGGUCGGACGAGGAGCGGGAGGUAACUUCGAUGCCCAUCGCCGAGCCGACGGUGGAACCUCGGCCGGCCCUGAUGCGCUUCCCGGAUGGCGCCCCCGGGCGCCGGCGACUGAUGCUGGGCGGCGGCGUUGCCCGGCCGUUGUAUGGCGGCGAGGCGGGGGAGGCCAUACAGUACCUCGCGCCGCAGGCUCUGGCCGAGCUUGAGUUGACCUUCGCGCGCAAGAAGGGCGUGUACUACGCGGGCGUGUAUGGUUCGGCGGUCACGUCCGACUCGGACCAGCGGGUGUGGGGCGGCGGCGAGGCGGGCGGCGACGAGGGCGGCGGCGAGGGCGCAGGUGGCGGCGCCGAGGGCGGCGCCGAGGAGAUGGCUCUGGUGCUGCUGGGCGGCGGUGCCGCGGUCGUGCUCUACGGCGGCGAGGAGGCCGAGCGCAUUCAGUUUACCGCGGCUGCUGCUGGGGCGGUAGCGGGCUCGGCGGCGCAGGCGGCGCUCGAUGCGACCGCUGCGGGGCUCUCGCCCGAGGCGACGGAAGCGGCGGGCGACGCGGCCGGCUCCGCAAUCUUGUCUGGCGGUGAGGCAGGCGGAGAGGUGCAGGCAGUGCUCGACAGUGGAGCGGAGGCGACGGGCGACGAGGAGGUCGACGGCGGCGAGGUGGGCGGCGGCGAGAAAGGCGGUGGUGAGGCUGGCGGCGGCGAGGCUGGCAACAGCGGUGAGGCGGGCUACGGCGGGGCAGGCGACGGCGUCGAGGAGAGCGGCGGCGGCGACAUCGGCGGCGGCUUCGCCGAGGCGACGCGUAGCACAGCGGCCGGUGACGACGGCGGCGGCGACAGCGGCGGCGACAGCGGCGACAGCGGCGGCGACAGCGGCGGCGACAGCGGCGGCGGCGGCGACGACGGCGGCGGCGACGGCGGCGGCGAGGAUGGAGAUGGCGAUGCGGGCUAUGAAUACGAUGAAGAGGAGCUACAGCUCGCAGAGGAAUUGUUGCGGCUUUCAAAGGCUGCUGCGGCUUCGGUGCUGCACGUGCGAAAGUUUAGGCGCACAAUGGCUGCGGUGUCGGCGACGGCGAGCCCUGCGUCGACGGGAGAGGCUCCUGCGAUGGCGGCCGCCGUCGUGGAGCCCGGUUUGUCGUCACGCGUGCCGGUCGUUGCCAGCAGCGAGGAGGACGAGUCCAGCAACGGUGCUCCUCGCUUGGGCGACUCCGCGGGAGCGCCCAUGGAGGUCGGAUUCUCCGACGACGAGGAUGCGGCGCCGCGCGAGGAGUCCCGCCCGGGCGACUCGGCGGACUUGCCGAUGGAUCUCGGAUCCUCGGAUGAGGACGAUGCGGCGCCGGAGGCGGCGGCGGAGGCGUUGAAGGCGGCGGCGGCGACGGAGGCGGUGGGGGCAGAGGCGGCGGCGGCGGCGGACAAGGCGGCGGUAGUGGAGAGUCCGGCGGUGGCGACGGCGCCGGAGGCGACGGGGGCGGCGGCGGCGGCUGGCGUCGCCUUCUCCACGCCGUCGAGGCUCGGGCAAGGGACCGGGCGCGCGGGCGACUCCGCAAUCGACGCGACCUCGCCUGGCGACGCUGCGCGCGCGCUUGGCCUGACAGGCGAUGGCGCAAAUCUGACCGUGGACGAGGUGAUCGACAUGCUCGCCCCGAGGGGUGAGGAUGAGGUUGCGGCAGCGCUGCUAAAGGUGAUCGGCGAGGCACCUGCGAACAAGCAGGCGCAGGCUAUGCAAUUGUACUCGCGGCUCGAUGUAGCGCAGCGAGCGGCGCUGCACGGCGUGCUUGUCGACAGCAAGGAGGUGACCAUCGUGUCUGGCCCGGCCGGCUGCGGGAAGACUGCGCUGAUCGAGAUCCUGGCGCUGCUGCGGACGGACGACAUCGCGGUGCUCGCUCCCACUCAUGGAGCACGGCGCGCGAUCCAAGAGGCGAUCGACAAGGUAUUGCCGCGGCGCAGCUUCGCGCCCGAGAUCGAGGCGCUCACGACGUUCACCGGUUUGGGAGUCGGGCUCGGAGAGACGUGGUCGGCGGAUGCGGUGGUGGCGGGGAUCCGUCGCAACGAUCCCAGGAAGGUGAAGGCGGCGGGGGUGUUCGCCAAGAGCACCCUCGUGUGCGACGAGGCGGCGCAGACGCACUUCGGCCAGCUGGACAUGGCGCAUCAAGUCGCACCACGCGUGUGCAGCGGCAACAAGCCUAGGUUUGUGCUGCUCAUGGACGGGCUGCAGACGCCCCCUGUGAACGACGCCGCUGGGGCGGGCGAUCGGGAGAUGAUCUGGGAGGGAGAUCUCAUCACGAGCGCAGAGAGCAACGGCGAGCUCGCGUGCUUCCCGCUCGAGACGAUUUACCGCACGGGCGACGCGGACCUGCUGAAGCUCAGCCGGGGUCUGCGGCGCGAGGACUUCGACGCGGUCUGGCCGAUCGUGCAGCAGUGCUCGACGACAGUCGCCGACGACACCUUCAUGGACGUGGUGCACGACAACCUCGAGAUUUACGCGAUUGCGAGGGAGAAGUUCGCGUCGAAGCCGGGGCUAUCGGUGGUGCGUGCCCGAUGCGAGUCUGGCGGACCGGGGGGGUCCGACCUUCGCUUCUGGCCGCGGCCAGCGCAGCGGCGUGCGAGUCAGGCGACGCGGAUGCUGACGGAGGUGUACACCUUCCCGGGCCAGCGGGUUCACUACCUUCCGAUCGGCAAGGCCGGCGUGCGGACGGGUCGACAGGCUGGCCGUGGGUGGUACCUGAGCAAGGGCGAGCCGCUCGACGUCGUGUGCUACCACGCGGAGACGCGGCAGCUUGAGGUGACGUGCCCGAUGUUGAAGGGGUGCCCGUCGGCUUGGAUCCCGGAGGAGUUCGUGUGGGUCGACCUCGGCGAGCACGGCGUCGCCAAGGUGUGGGGCCCGCCGUGGCGGUACUCGGACAUCGUGACGGUGUACUCCGCGCAGGGGAGCCAGGCGAAGAACGUCCACGUGCACGCCGACCGCUUCAAGGGGCAGCGCAACUUGCUUUACACGGCCUGCACGCGACCGAGAGAGAAGCUAAAGAUCUCGGGCAUCGCGGUGGACGACGGCGGGCUCGACUUGCGGGAGAAGAUGGAGCUGCACCCGAAGUCGGUGCUCUGGCAGGCGCGCCUCGGCGUCGGGAGCUUCUCGGACGAGCGUGUCGCGGCGGCGCAGCUCGAGGAGCCGUGGGACAUCACGAUCGCGCCCGCGAGUGAGGUCGUUGUUUCAACGGCAGCGGCCAGCACGGCGAGCGCUGUGCAAGACGGGCAGGCUGCGCUUGGCCGCUGCUUCACGGAAGGAGGAACGGUGGUGGUGGACGGGGGCGCGGUGUCGAUGUCAGUUCAAAACGGUGCCGCGUCCCACCCCGCCGAGGACAAGGGGAGCUCCAAGUGCACCAUGCCGGGCUGCUCGGAAGAGAAGAACCCGGCCGAGCAGGUGUGCUAUUACUGCAGGAAGGGCUACUCAAUUCACCUCGACCCAUAG